GUAUCACUGCUCAGAGUCCCAGAGUCUGUACCUCAAUAGCACAUGGUUUUCUCUCUCCAUGGUAUUUGGAUCUCCUUAUCUAAGGUGUAGAGGAUCGAGUAACACUUCCCAGUGUAGUCAUCGAUGAACUUCGGUGGUCACACCAUCAUCAAUUCCAUCUUCUCUUCUUUUGUUUGAACACUAAACCUCUCCCAAGAGCCAUGGAAGAGCGUCGAGGACGUCCCAUUCCUCUCAUGUGUCACACACAACAUUUUGACUGAUCUGGGAGCAGCGACACUGUUGUAACCAAAAUCGACACUCCAAAUGAGCAUACUCUGAAAAGCCUAAACUCCAAGCGCAGCUUAGAAGAAGCUCCAGUAGCCAUGCCGGAGGCACCAGUAGACAGCCCGUGCUGCUCUCCUGUUUCAGUGGAACUUAAAUCCAUGGUGAAUAAUGGAUCAGACGUACUAGAUGGAAACACAAAAGAGUUAACGACGCAGGGAGAAGACAGGGAGCCAUACUCAUGCUCCCCUGCCUCACUUUCAAGCAGCCCCGCUCCCCCUCACUUCAAAUGCAAACCCUAUCGCACCAAGACUAGCAUGCAGGGCGAUGUCUACAAUUUCCUAGAGAGACCCGCAGGCCUAAAAUGCUUCCUCUAUCACUUCCUGGUGUUCCUCAUGGUCCUCAUAUGUCUCAUCUUCAGUGUGCUCUCCACCAUUGAGCAGUAUGCAGAAUUUGCCACUGGGACACUAUUCUGGAUGGAAAUUGUGCUGGUGGUGUUUUUUGGUAUGGAGUAUGUUGUACGCCUGUGGUCAGCAGGCUGCAGGAGCAAAUAUGUAGGCAUCGCAGGCAGACUACGCUUCAUCCGAAAACCCAUUUCCAUCAUAGAUCUGAUAGUGGUGGUUGCCUCAGUUGUAGUACUUAGUGUGGGAUCAAAUGGACAAGUUUUCGCCACCUCGGCAAUAAGGGGAAUCCGCUUCCUACAGAUUUUGCGCAUGCUCCAUGUGGAUCGUCAGGGAGGCACAUGGAGACUACUGGGAUCUGUUGUCUUUAUUCAUCGGCAGGAGCUGAUAACGACACUGUACAUUGGCUUCCUGGGUCUGAUCUUCUCCUCGUAUUUUGUGUAUCUGGCGGAGAAAGAUGCAGUGGAUGAGGAGGGGAAGACAGGCUUCUUGAGUUAUGCAGAUGCGCUCUGGUGGGGUGUUGUCACUGUGACCACAAUAGGCUACGGAGACAAAGUUCCUCAGACCUGGAUAGGGAAGACCAUUGCCUCCUGUUUUAGUGUGUUUGCUAUCUCUUUCUUUGCACUGCCAGCGGGUAUUCUGGGUUCAGGAUUUGCGCUGAAGGUGCAGCAGAAACACAGACAGAAGCAUUUCAAUCGUCAAAUCCCAGCUGCUGCUUCACUAAUACAGGCGAUGUGGCGAUGCUAUGCCUGUGAGAAGUCCAGUGGCUGUCCAGCUACGUGGAAAAUAUAUGUGUUGAUGGGUGACUACAUCCCAGUUAUAAAUUUUGAGAACGCCAGUCCUGUAAACUUGAGAAAACUUAACAGACGAUACAGGCGGAGGCUGAAGUCCACACGCGAUAAUGGUUCUCUGGGAAAUUCAGGAGAAAAAGCUCUGUCCAUCCCUCAGAUCACUUACGAUCAUACAGAUGACAAGGAGAACAAGCGAGAGGGGAAUUUCUUCUUAGAGGAAUCCACAGGCAUCACGAAGAUGUUCAGACAGACAGGACCUCCUGAUAUCUCGCGUACCAGCAGCCUAGUGGAUGACAUGGACCUUGCCAGGGAAUAUAUCCCACUCCCCAUAGUGACAGAUGCUUCACAGCUUACCCAUGUGCAUCGAUCUGCAGUAAAAGUCAUAAGGAGGAUGCAGUAUUUUGUAGCUAGACAGAAAUUUCAGCAAGCAAGGAAACCCUACGACGUGCGAGACGUGAUCGAGCAGUAUUCCCAGGGCCACCUGAACAUGAUGGUCCGCAUUAAAGAGCUCCAGAGACGGAUGGAUCACACGUUGGGAAAGCCAGGAAUGUUCCUGCCAGAAAAAGGAGUGAAGAAGGAGUACCACACUAUUGGAGCCAGGCUGAUCAGAUUGGAAGAUAGGGCCUGCAACAAAUUCCAAAAAAAGUUGGGACUGGACUUGUAAUGAAGUAAAACAAUUAUGUAAUGAUAUGAUUUGAAACAGGUGAUGUCAACAGGUGAUUGUAAUCACGAUUUGGUACAAAAUCAGUAUCCAGGAAAGGCCUAGUCUUUGAGGAGCAAAGAUGAGCUGAGGAUCUCCAGUUUGUUGACAAAUAUGCAAGAAAAUUAUCGGAAUGCUUAAAAACAAUGUUCCUCAAAGAAAAAUAGGAAGAGAUUUGGAUAUUUCACCCUCUCCGGUGCAUUAAACCAUUCAAGGAGUCUGGAGGAAUUUUAUUGGACGUCUUGUGCUCCAGACCAAAGAUGAAAAGGACCAUCCAGACUGUUACCAGCAUCAAGUCCAAAAGCCAGGGACUGUCAUGGUAUGGUGUUGUGUCAGUGCCCUUGGCAAAGCUAACUUACACUUCUGUGAUGCUAGGAUUAAUGCAGAA